ACAAUAAACUUUUUCCUCCAUUGAUGGCGAUGGAAUUCAAGCACCUAUCCCUCCGGUCUCACUGUUUUUAGCAAAUCUUGCAUCUUUCCCACGCCUCUCCGCUUUCCCUUCUUCAUGCCCACAAUCAAUAAUCUUAGAAUCAGUCGAAAGCUUCAGUCUUUGCCGGCGAUUCUUGCCUUCGGCUGACACCCGGUUUCUUUGCUCCGGAGACCCAACAUGUCCGGCAAGCACCUCUUAUCGGACGUCAAGAUCUCCGGCAGGGCGCCGGAGAAGUCCAAUUUCGUGCAGACCUGCAAUCUGUUGAGCCAGUUUCUUAAGGGGAGAGUUAGUAUAAGAGAUCUGAGUCAUGGAAUUGGUGUUGUCAAUACAGAAGCUUCAGGAAAAUUUGACAUUUCUCAUGGUACAACUAUGGAUUUCCUGACCAACAUAGAAAAAUCAACCCAGGACCAAGAAAUGGCACCCAUAGAUCCUAAUCCUCAGAACACUGUUAAUGGUACUUCCAGAACAGUGGAGGAAGGCACUAAUGCAGCAGCCAGUAUUAGCAAAGAAGCACCAAAAGAGGCUCCCAAGGCAGCCCAGCUGACCAUAUUCUAUUCUGGGAAAGUUAUGGUGUUUGAUGAGUUUCCUGCUGAUAAAGCCCGGGCGGUCAUGCUGUUGGCCAGCAAAAGCAGCCCGCAGAGUGCUCGUGGCGUCUUCCAGACUGCCGGGGUGGAUAAAUUAGACCUACCGGCUGACGGUGCUGCUGUGGUUGCCACUUCCACCCCGGUGGAUCCUCCUAAGCCGAUGGCUAGUCCUCCUCCCCUGCCGCCACCGCCCGUGCCACCACCAACACAGCCAGCUGCAGCUGCACCUGCACCUGCACCUGGUGGGUCCGAUUUGCCAAUUGCAAGAAGAUCGUCACUUCAUCGAUUCCUCGAGAAGAGGAAAGAUAGGGCGACUGCUAGAGCACCGUACCAAGUUCACAAUAACCCAUUGAUUCCAUCAAAGAGCGAAAGGCCAUCUUCCAAGAACGAGGCUUCACCAUCCAAGAACGAAGGAUCGUCCUCCAAGAACGAGGCUUCAUCUUCCAAGACUCGAGAUCAAAUCGAUCUCAACUUCAAGCUAUAGAUCAGACAUUCAGACGCCAUUAGCUUCGUGCUUCUGUUGGGACUUUAGCUUGCCUCUAUCCACUCUGCAGGCCUCCUAACGAACCCUUCGUUGGCUGACUUUUUCUCUAGUGGAAUAGUGGAUCACUAUAUUUAUGCAUACCUUUUAUAGAAUAUUGAUGAUUUGUCUUACAGUUCAAACAUGUUAAUAUCCUUAGAUAAGAGAUUUAACGUUGUUAAUUUACCAUCUAUUAUUAUAUAUGUUAUAUAUAUUUCUUUUGCACUG